CAGUGAAAUGAAACUCUGAGCUACAUUUCUCUACCCACUUUUAGCGGUGUCUUUAGCUGUGUGUUUAGCGGUGUCUUUAGCAAAGAGUGAAGUGAAACUCAGAGAGUUUGAGGUGCAUUAUAUUUCUCUGCCCAUGUACAUUAUUUCCAGAAUUCCCUCUAGCCCCUUGAUUGUUUUGGCAUUUCCCUCCCAACCAUCAGCUUCACCUACCAUUCUAUCAAUUGGAUUCUCAACAUUGUUACUUGUGAAAACUCUUGGAAGUUUCCUCAGAGAUUCAACAAAAAUAAGAGGACAGAAAGAGAAAGAGAUCAGAAGAAAGGAUGGCGGGGUGGUGGUCCGCGGCGGCGGCCUCGUUCUCAUCAUCAUCUUUGAGGCUUUUGUGGUUUAUGAUGCCGUUGUUUCUGGUGGCGGGUUUGGUGGUUUUCUCCGGCCAUCAUAGUUCCUUUUUGCUCAUCGCUUCUCCCUUCCUGCACGGCCGCGGCGGCGGCGGAGGAGGUAGUGGAGGUGGGGUCUUCAAUGGCUCUUCAACUCCUCAGGCACAAGAAAUUUUCCGUCCAAACAUUUCGUUGAAAACAAACAAGACGUACCAGAAUUUAACAAGCAUCGCAGGAUCUUUGUUACCAACUGAACAUGAAGAAACACAAAAUGAAACAUCAUCGAGAAGAUACAGUAAGUUAGAGAUGUUGGAAGCUGGACUUGCACGAUCUCGAGCUUCAAUACUAAGAGGAAAAUACCCAACAAAAGAUGACGACUUCAUACCUGAUGGUCCUAUGUACUGGAAUGCCUCAGCCUUUCACAGGAGCUAUUUGGAAAUGGAGAAAACACUGAAGGUGUACGUGUACAAGGAAGGGGAUCCCCCAGUGUUUCACUUUGGUCCAUGCAAGCAUACCUAUGCAAUCGAAGGCUAUUUCAUUCAGGCAAUGGAUGUCACUCCCUUCAAAACCUCUGACCCAGACCAGGCUCAUCUCUUCUUCCUCCCCAUCAGCGUUACCAUGUUGACGCAAGUGAUUUUUGUUCCUGAAACCCAUGACUGGACUCUCAUGAAGAGGACUGCCUUCGAUUAUGUUAACGUUAUUGCCGAUAAAUACCCCUUCUGGAAUCGGAGUCUUGGUGCCGAUCAUUUCAUGCUUGCUUGCCAUGACUGGGGGCCUGAAAUUUCAUUUGCCGUACCAAACCUACACAACAACUCCAUCCGGGCACUAUGCAACGCCAACACCUCAGAAAGAUUCGACCCGAAGAGGGACGUCUCCAUCCCAGAAAUCCAUCUCCCAUUCGGCACGACGAAGGGCCUUCUGGGCGGCCCAUCUCCGUCAGAGCGCAGCGUGCUGGUGUUCUACUCCGGCGGCCUCCACGGCCCCAUACGCCCAAUCCUGAUGAAACACUGGGAGAACAAAAGCGACGAAGACGUCCAAAUCCACAGCUACCUUCCCAAGGGGCUUUCCUACUACGGCAUGAUGCGCAAAAGCAAGUACUGCAUCUGCCCCAGCGGCUACGAAGUGGCCAGUCCCAGAAUGGUGGAGGCACUCUACAUGGGCUGCGUCCCCGUGCUCAUAAAGGAGGGCUACAUCAUUCCCUUCAGCGACGUGCUGAAUUGGGAGAAGUUUGCGGUGAUUAUUCCGGUGAGGGAUAUUCCGAACUUGAAGAAAAUCUUGACUGGGAUUUCCCAGAGGGAGUAUUUGAGGUUGCAGAUGAGAGGCAUCAAGAUGAGGAGGCAUUUUGAGAUUAACAAUCCUCCUAAACGUUAUGAUGUCUUCCAUAUGAUUCUUCAUUCUAUAUGGCUUAGAAGACUCAAUAUUCAUCUUCGUGAAUCGUGAUGUAUGUUCAUCAUCUUUCUUGAUUUUGGUUUUAUUACUGAUGCUUUUUUAGUAUUCUUAGGAUUUUAUUAAGAAAAUAUUAUGAAGUAUGUAAAGGGUCGGUAAUAUUUUUAUAAUACUUUUAUUUUAGUAAAA